AUGGCAAACACCAAGUCCAAACAACUUCAUCUGGCUGCCUUCAUUUACUCUGGCCAGGUCUCGCAGAUAUGGAGGCAUCCAGUCAUAGGACGUGCGCAUGAGAGUCUUGACGUUGACUACUAUAUUGAGUAUGCACAACUAGCCGAAAAAGCCAAGUUCGACACAUUAUUUCUAGCCGAUGGAGCCUCGUUUCCUGGCGGCCCACUUGCAAAGCACUACUGGAGCGUGAGUGCCUUUGAACCCGCGACACUGUUCUCUGCCAUUGCGGCGCGAACAAAUCACAUUGGUCUGGUGUACACAGCGAGCGUCAGUGAUAACGAGCCGACUCACGUCGCGCGCCAGCUUGCCAGUCUCGACCACAUUAGUCAUGGCAGAGCGGGAUGGAACGUUGUCACCACCCUAGGACCAGGCUCACGUAACCUUGGUGUACCACUUGAGGAGACCAAGAAUAGUGCGGCUAAGUACGGAAGAGCAAGAGCAUUCUUGAGCGCAGUAGAAACGCUUUGGGAUAGUUUCGAAGACGAUGCAUUGUUGAGAGACAAGCAGAGCGGCAUAUUUGUGGAUUUGGACAAGGUUCACUCGCCGGAGAUUGAUGGUGGACUCUAUCAUGUGGAUCAGCCACUCCGGGUUGAGCGUCCUAUACAGGGUUAUCCGGUAAUUGCACAAGCUGGAACUUCGCCCGAGGGUAUUGCGUUCGGCGGCUCGACUGCCGACUUGAUCUAUUGUGCGAACUACUCCAUUGCAGAUGGACAAAAGACCUUUCGCGCUCUUAAGGCUGCUGCCGCCGAAGCAGGGAGGAAUCCAGAUCAUCUGGUGAUUCUUACUGGCGUAGCUGUUGUCUGGGGAGAGACACACGAAGAAGCUGAACGGAAAUUAAGGGAGGUCUCGUCGCUUUGGCCUAUUGAUGUUGCUGUCCAAAACCUUGGUAUUGACUUUGGUGGAGCCGAUCUAGAUUCGCCAUUCCCUGAUGAAUACGAAGUUGGCUUCAAGUCUAAGACCGGAAUGUCAUCGAAAGGACGUGCGGCUGCUAUAGCCUCGUUUGCUCAUGCAAAUAACUUGACUAUUCGACAAACCGCGGAACGCUGUUCGAUAGGACUGGGCCACCGUCCUCUUGUUGGCACAACACAGUCCAUCACGGACGACCUGCAGGCCUGGCUGGAGGCAGAAGCUACAGACGGGUUCGCAGUGAUUCAGCCACUGUUGAUAGAUGGCUUGCGUGACUUUAGUACACAUAUCGUUCCGGAACUUGUACGCCGUGGCUUGUUUCGAUCGGAGUACGAGGGGACAACUCUCCGGGAGAACUUAGGUAUUCCUCGACCCACAAAUCGUUAUGUCAAGCAGUAA